UUCUUGCCUGUCGAUCGAGAUGAACAAGGUCAUGAACGACUGUAACAAAUUCAGAUAGAGGAUAGGCAGAGGCUUCUGUGAAUUUUAACUGACGUCAGCAUAUGGCCUUUCCAUGACCAUCGGACUUCAGAAAAUUCGAUACGCAGGGUCAGGCAGGCGAUCAUGCUGGGACCACUCAGAAUGUCCCCUCCCAUUUGCCCAGCAGCAAGUGACCGCGUACCCUGCGUCAACAUUGCAUCACGUGGAAUCGCAUCCAACAAGCCACCAACCUGGUAACGCUCCUGCAUCAUGCACCUGCAUCUCGAAUCAGAGAUUUUCCAUCCGAUUGCAGAUUCCAAAAUCUGAGAUGUUUUGGGCAGCAAGUGGCCCCCACUCACUAAGGCCGGGGAAGGCGGCUGGUCCAGUUCCCCGCUGCUCACGGACCAGAGUUGAUAGAUACCAUGAUCUUGUAGAAGGGACUGACUAUCUUAUGCUCAAAGCUUUUUCUCUCGAGUCCAAAGCGGAAAGCAUGGCAACACGGGAGAUGUCUCGCUCAUUUUAUUCGUCUGAUAAUCAAAAGAUGGGAAAGGAGCGGGCCUAGAUGUGGUCCAACCAAGGAUAGGCCUUGCCUAACCGUUCCUGUUCAUUUUGGCAGAAUGUGAGGCGGGAGCGAGUG